AUGAUUCCUCCAGCUGAUUCUCUUCUGAAAUACGACAACCCAGUUCUGAUCCGGUCAUGCACGGAAAGAAAAUCCCCAAAGGGGCGUCCUUUAAAAGUGAGCGCUCAGCAGCCUGCUGAUUCUGGUCCAGUUCCACCUCCUCCUAAACAAAAAUCAGCAUCCUCUGAAGUCACCAAGCAGGAAAAUGAGGAUAUCCUGAAUUCCAUUCUUCCACCCAGGGAAUGGACAGAGGGAAACCAGCUAUGGGUUCAGCAGGUUUCUAGUGCUCCAUGCACCAGAGCAGAUGUCAUUUGUUUGGAGGAACUCUUGGACACAAAGCUGUUGCAAAGGGAGGCCCGAGAGGCAGGCAUCUGUCCUGUCCGCAGGGAGCUAUAUUCCCAAUGCUUUGAUGAGUUAAUCAGACAAGUAACCAUCAACUGUGCUGAAAGGGGCCUGCUUCUGUUACGGGUCAGAGAUGAGAUUCAAAUGACCAUUGCCGCCUACCAGACGCUGUAUGAAAGCAGCAUAGCAUUUGGCAUGAGGAAAGCACUUCAGGCUGAGCAGGGAAAGGCUGACAUGGAACAAAAAAUUUCUGAUCUGGAGAAUGAGAAACAGGAUCUGCUAAAGCAACUGAACGAACAGAAAGCAAAAUGCGACGCUAUUGAAAAGAGAGAGGCAGAGAAAAGACAAAUGGAGGAAAAGAAGUACACAGAGGAGAUUCAGUUCCUGAAGAGAACCAACCAACAGCUCAAGACACAACUCGAAGGGAUCAUUACACCAAAGAAGUGA